ACAGACCCAAAAAAAAGCUUGGUGGCUACAAGGUAUGAAGGUGGGCGGCGGAUUGGUGUCCGGAGGUGUACGCGCCGCCGCUUUCCCCACGCUACUACUUGGCCGCGGCGGAGCUUCCUUUCGAUGCCAUUCCUCUUUAUCGUCUUCAUCCUCUCCUGACCAUGUCUCAUUUAUCAAAGAUGUUGCUGUAACUCGACCUCCUGAGCAUUUGCAGCAUCUUUUGAGAAUGCUUCAAGUAAGAGGUGAGCCCAUAAUUUCUCCUGGAGCCAAGCAAGGUUUGAUCCCCCUGGCCAUCCCUCUAUCAAAAAACAGCUCAGGUUCAGUAACUGCGCUGCUGCGAUGGCCAACUGCUCCACCUGGGAUGGAGAUGCCCGUGGUGGAGGUUAGUAAUUAUGGAGUGUGGCUUUUGGCCAAAAAUGUGGACCAAUAUAUUCAUAGAAUCCUGGUAGAAGAAGAUGCCACCAAUUCUCAAGAAAGCAACAAUGAGCUAUUUCAUGCUUCAGGUGUUGCUGGCGAGAAACUUUAUAAGAAGGGGGACUUUGCUGAAUCUCAGAUUUCAAAUUUAGAUGCAUAUCUUUUAAGAAAGGUUGGUUUGUUUCCAGAUAUAUUGGAACGCAAAGUGAUGCACCAUUUUGAAAAGGGGGACCAUGUUUCAGCUAUGGUGACUGGGGAGUUCUAUACAAAGAAGGAUCAUUUUCCAGGAUUUGGACGGCCUUUUGUAUUUAAUGCGGAGGUCUUGCUGAAGGUUGGGCGUAUGCUAGAAGCUAAAGAUGCCGCUAGGGGGGCCUUGAAAUCACCAUGGUGGACGUUGGGUUGCAAAUACGAGGAAGUUGCUGGCAUAGCUCAAUGGGAGGAUGAACAAAUUGAGUACAUUAAGGAGAAGGUGACAGAAGAGGGAAAGCAGGAAGAUCUAAACAAGGGAAAGGCACCUGCUCAGGUUGCAUUGGAUGAAGCUGCUUUUUUGUUGGAUUUAGCUUCUGUGGAGGGGACAUGGGAUGACUUCGCAGAGCAAAUUGCUGCAUGUUACAAGGAGGCCGGACUCCAUGACAUUGCAAAGUUUGUAUUAUACAGAGAUUGAGAAUUCAACAGGAGUAAAGGGAGAUUUAGGUUAGUUUGCAAUGCAGACACAAUUCCAAUUUUGUAUUUUUGUUUUUGUGUUCUUUGACCAAAAGCGGGUACUAAAUCUGGGAAGCCAUCUCAAAAAUCAAAUAUUAAGUUGUCAUC